UUGUCGACAGCGACUCAGACGGAGUUGACUACGCUUCCUCAGUCCGACCCAACCGGAAUCACCACGGUUGUCACUUUUGUACCACUUACUGGUGGCUUUACGACAGUGAUAUCAACGGCAACACAAAUAGGCGUCACGACGCUUCCCCAGACGGACCCAGCUGGCACAACCACGGUCGUCAGUUUUGUGUCCCCAAUCACCGGUGCCAUCACGACGCUUGUCUCCUCUGCAACUCAAUCCGGCGUCACAGCCCUACCCCAGACAGAUCCUGCCGGUACGACUACCGUCGUCACAUUUGUUCCCAUUACCGGCGCCGUGAUUACCGUGACUUCAACAGCCAGUCUAACUGGCGUAACGACCCUUCCCCAGGCCGACCCUGCUGGUACGACAACGAUUGCUACCUUUGUGUCGCCAAGUCCGACUUGCACACCA